AUGGCGUACUCGAGUUAUGAAAACAGCGCUCAGAAUUUCUCCGAGGAGGCAUUAGAGGAAGAAACUGUGGUUCUCACAUUGGUUCCAGUUAAUGAAGAAACUAAUGAAGAACAUCAGGUGGAACCAAGUGUUUCCUCAACUUCAGAAGUUGGCCUGGAGAUGCCUGGGACAAACGAUAAAGUUGAGUCAUCAACAGAAUAUAAAAGCAAAACCCAGAGUGAUGUUCUGAGACCUUGGAUUAGCUGUUUAUAUUUGCUUCUCUUUCCAUCCUCAGGUGUCAGGUGGUGUGUGGUCCAUGGCAGACCUCUCUUGGCAGACACAAAAGGUUGGGUUCGCCUGCAGUUUCAUGCAGGUCAGGCCUGGGUGCCUGACACCCCCAAGAGGAUGAUUUCUCUCUUCCUGUUGCCCGCCUGUACUUUCCCAUCCCCGGGCCUUGAAGAUAAUAUGUUAUGCCCUGAAUGUGCUAAGAGGAAUAAGAAGAUAAUGAAAAGAUUAAUUGCAAUGGGGAAGGAGAGGCGACGUGGCUUGAAUACAUCAACAUCUUUCCCUUUGAGUGGGCCAUAUCUUAAUAAAGAAUAA